AAUCACUUCAAAUAGGCUGUGGAUUAAAAUUUAUGGUUGAAUCAGUGUUACAGAAAACAAUUAAAUUAAUCCGGUAUAAAAUUUAAAGAUUUGUGAUAACUCAAAAGGAUGUGGAUAAAAAAUGAAAUAUUCACCUGAAGUUUGUUGCGUUGUCUGCCAACUAAUAUUCUGUUGUCCGGAUUGUCGCCGGAAGCACGAAGAAACAGUUCAUGGUCUAACUUACGACUGCCCGAUUUGCAGAGGAAACCAAUUUCUCUGCAAACCCGAAGAACUAAGCCAGCAGUUUAUAAAACAUUUGUACCAAGAGCACUCACCACUCCAGUGCAAGAAGUGCCACAAAUAUUUUACUAACAUGGAAGAUUUUACUAACAUAUCCGAAUGUAAAAGUAUCUCAGAGCUCGUCAAUAUUGAUAAUGAAGUAAACAACUCACAGCUAAAAAAGGUAGAAGAGAAGUUCGAUUCAAUUUAUGAUAAAACAAAAAGCGUCGAUAUCGACAAUUUUGAAGCGAUAGUUUCUGUUGAUAAGGUGAAUAAAACAGCUGUCAUUACUCCGGUUGUAAGGAAAAAGCAUAUAGUUGAUUAUGAUUCUAGUGAGAGUGAAACGGAUGAGGAGAAAACUUCUGAAGCACAAAAAACUAGUUCUAAACUUGCACCAAAAACCCCAAAAUUAAAAAGGCAACGGGCUGCUACUCCUCAUGCAAAGAAGUUGCUUAGUCUGAUGAAGCAAAAAGUGGUUGAAGAGUAUGAAGAAACGGUCAAUGAUGAUGAUUAUGACGGUUCCCCAGUUACUACUAAAACAACUCCAUCCCGUAGUGAAAACUCUGGUGUUCCAGACAAUCAGAAAGAGAUGACAACACCCACUUCUCACAUUCCACAUAAUUUGUUAAAACUCGCACAAAUAGUCACUACGAGCACUCCUACUCAUCCUGUGGUGGGAGGUUGGUCUAUUUUUCCAGAACAGAGUGCCGAUUCUCCUCUCUCUGAAAUUGAGAAUACUGAGAGUCCCGCGCAAAGUAUUGGUAACGAGCCUUCCAAAUCCGAGAAUAUAGCUCCAAAACUAAAAAGUAUCAUAGUGUCUGGCAGUCGUAUAAGAUUAGGUAGCCAAGAUAGCUCAGAAAAGCACGUCACAUUCCAAGAAUCGGUCAAUAUUACCGACGUUUCGUCAGUUAAAAUAAAGAAAGUCAAAUUCGCUGAGGAUACCGUUUUUGAACAGGAGAACAAAGCAAAAAGAGUAUACAGAAAACCAAAACGCAUGCUCACCCCAGGCCCUCAGAGGCCUCGAUUUUGUCUUAAUCCCCGGUUCCAAGCGCUCGUCAAUCGAUUCGAGAAUCAAGGCCAAACGGUCGCACGGACGCCGGUUCAUAAUAAAGAAAAAACGCCUGAAAGCACACCGGCCAUUGGCGAGCCAACGCACAUGCCAGCCCGAGCAAUAAUCUUCAAUGAAGAAAGCCUUGUCGUGGACACAGGGAACUACUCAAAAGAAUCAAAUGAAUUAUUCAAGACGUGCAGCGAUUCUCCGACCAGCUCGGCAGGAGUCAAUACAGCCCUGUCUGCACUUACGACCAAUAUAGCUGGUUCGCUGCAAAACUGCUUGGCAUCUGUUCUUAAAUCGUCUGGGGAAGACACCGAGAUACAGUUUCAAUUUGUAAUUACAAAAAAGACGAUGAGCGUGAAGCGAAUCGUUGAAGAAGGUGCUAGUUUGGAAGAGAAAUGCAAUGAAAUCGAAAAACAUUAUGAGGCAAAUAAAGAAAACAUUUGGUCGAGUGUAGCGAAGGCCGUCAAAAAUGUGUUUUGGGGUGACCAAGAUACUGCUACCACACCGUUCCGCUCAAGCAACAACGAUUCGGACUCAUCUUCAGCAUCGAAGCGCAAAUGUAACGAGAUGACAGAUCCAGAGCUAAGUCCAUUGAACCACAAGCGGCAUAGAUAUGACGGCAGGAUCAGGGGACGUCCACCACUACGCAGGAGUAAGACCUGGGGAGUCUCGAAUCUGAGGAGUUCGCAGUCAGCUGAACAGCAGUCCUUGUUGAAAGAGGUGUCUGUUGGACAAGAUGACGCUAUGAAUCAAAGCUUCUGAAAAAGGCUGUGUUAUUUUUAAUAAUUUAUAGUAAUUAAUCGCAAUACACACUAGAUCUUGGUUCUUGGGUCCAGGAUGAGUUUGAUUGUGUAUCUUUUUAUGGAUUUAAAAAUUUAAAUUGUCAUCGUGUAUAAUUAUGUUCCAAAUACGCUAAUUUGGCAGAAUAAAGACUUGAUGUUUUGUGUCAAAUUUAUUAUGAGUUUAAAGACGUAUGUGAUAAAAAAUGAUAAAUGAAUUUAAUUAU